CAAAAACGUGAACAAAACCCUAACACUUUCUCGUCAAGCUCGACUCUACCACUGAAGCCCCUCCUCUCUCUCUGUCUCCAAUGGCUACAAUACCAGUUAACCCGAAGCCGUUCCUGAAUAAUCUGACUGGUAAGACUGUCAUUGUGAAACUUAAAUGGGGAAUGGAGUACAAAGGUUUUCUUGUCUCGACAGAUGCCUAUAUGAACUUGCAGUUGGCAAACACUGAAGAAUAUAUUGAUGGACAAUCUACUGGAAACCUUGGAGAGAUUUUGAUCAGAUGCAAUAAUGUUCUGUAUCUUCGUGGGGUACCAGAGGAUGAAGAAAUUGAAGAUGCUGAACGGGAAUGAGAUGUGGACUUUGCAGCAGUGAUCUUGCUUGAAAAACAGUACUCGAGGAACCAGUAUUUUAUCUCUACUUACGCUGUUGCAUUUCUUGUUUUAACCUGGAGUGGUUGGGUUGUAUUUGUAUUGUAUGUUAAAUCGACAUGCCCGUGCUAUUUAAAAGGUUUGUAGCUGACAAAUGGUUCUCAAACUUGAAUGCGACUGUAACAAACCAUAUGAUUUGAAAUGAAACCAUUUUAGUUAUUCACUGCGACAAAAUUGGCGCAUAA